AGAUAAGCUUAUUGACGAAAUCUGUUUGACCCAAACACACUUGCAGUAUGCACACAUUAGCGCCAAUUUUACAAUUAUUAGUUCAAAACUGUGUGUUGAAAAUUCCGAAAUGUCGGGCUUUAAGCGCAUCUAUUUGCUCUACGUCUUCGGAUUUCUCAUAAAUUUGCGCCCCGUGGAUCCGUUCCUUUACGAAUUUUUCGUCACACAUAAAAAUCUAACGGAGAAAGAAGUCCGUCGUGAUAUUCUCCCAGUUUUGAGUUACAGCUCCGCGAUUCAUUCUUUGUUUGUGUUUCUUUUGGCGGACCUCAUCGGGUAUAAAACAUUAAUUAUAAUCUCGGCCUUGUUUGAACUGGUGUCCAUUAGUGUGAAAAAAUGGGGCACCACCGUUAUAGCAAUGGAGUUUUCGGAGGUUUUUCGAGGUGGGUCAGUGGCAACAGAAGUGGCCUAUUUUAUUUUCAUCUAUGGGCAUUAUGACGGUACGACGUACCAACGGGCAACGGCAUAUGCCCGAAUAGCUGCCCUGAUGGGCAAGACUCUGUCUGCGAUUUUAGGACAGCUUUUCCAUAACAGUGAUGGAAUGAGCUGCGACGAACUGUACGUUUUAAACCUAGCUGUGAGUGCUUUAGCCACAAUUACAACUUUUUUUCUCCCGACUGACGGCGAAAACGUGUACCAUUUCUCCACCACGUCCACCACUGUACAAAAAGCACCCCCGAACAGAAUCGGAGAUAAAUUAUUUUUGUUUCAAUCAAAUUUCGUAGAAAAUUUUAAACAAAAUCAUAUUCAACGUUGGUCAUUUUGGUGCGCAUUUUCACUGUGGACCUACACUCAGAUCUCGACUUUUAUCCAACCAUUAUGGGCCAACGUACACAAAAGCAAGUACAACGGGACAAUUGAAGCCACUUUGGGCUUUUUAGCGUUUCUGGGGGUCGUCGUUGCCGGAUUUAAAUCGAUAGAUUGGAAAUCAAGAACCGUAGUUACGAUGCAUGUUCUAUCCGGAUUUCAGUAUAUUUUACUUCUUUGUGGUAUAGCUUUUUCCAAUGGUUAUAUCUUAUUCAACUACGUCUGUUACGUCCUGUUUGGAAUGAUUCAUUAUUUCAUUAUUACAGCCAUAAGUGCAGAAAUUGCGAAAAUUCAACACAAUAAUUGUUUUGGAAUGGUAUUUGGACUUAUUUAUUUUGCGGCAUAUCUAAUGAAUGCUAUCCUGGUUUGUGCUGUUAAUGACGACGUCGGGAUUUACAUGUUUACCCCCCAACGCGAAUUUCUUGUGUAUUUUAUUGUGUUCCUUAUAGCGUACGUUGUGUUUUUUGUUGCUUCUAUUAUUAAACAGAGAGUCAAUAAAGUGAUUACGAGACAUUGAAUCAUCAGAUUUGUAGGUGUAUUGGCCUAACUUGUAUCACUCUUGAGUAUAGUAGAGAAAAAUAAAGUUAUUU